AUGUCCCUAGGCGAGGAAUGGGCUGAAGGACUCGGAGCCGUCGGCAAAGAACAAUCAUUCAAGCUCCUGGAUACUUAUUUCGAUGCUGGAGGCAACUUUUUCGACACGGCAAGUGGCUACCAGAAUGAAGAAAGCGAGAAAAUUUUAGGAGAGUGGAUGGAGAGCCGAGGUGUCAGAGACAGAUGUGUUGUCUCAACAAAGUAUGCACAAAAUUACAGACUGCAUGAUAUUGGCAAGAUCAAGUCGAUCAACUUCAACGGGAAUUCCAAGCUCACGAUGAACCUCAGUAUUCGAGACUCCUUGAAGAAACUCAGAAUAGAGUGGAUCGAUGUGUUUUUUGUCCAUGGGUGGGAUUAUAGUGCCACAAUUGAGGAGGUCAUGGAUGCUCUGGAUAUUCUUGUCAAGCAGGGGAAAGUGAUGUAUCUGGGCAUUUCUAACACUCCGGCUUGGGUUGUCACCGCUGCCAACACGUAUGCGAAGUUGACCGGGAAAACACCGUUCUCGGUAUAUCAGGGACCUUGGAGCGUGCUCAACCGGACACUGGAGAAGGACGUCAUUCCAAUGUGUCGGCAGUUUGGCCUUGCGAUCAAUGCCUACGCCGUUUUGGCUUCCGGGAAACUGCGAAGCCAGAAGGACAUUGAGGCUCGCAAGGCGUCCGGAGAGCGAGUGUUUCGGCAUGGCGUCUCAGAGCAGACAGAAGCAGAAAGAAAGUCCAGCGCCGCCCUUGAGAAGGUUGGUGAAGAACUUGGGGGCAAGUCAAUCACUGCUGUGGCCCUGGCCUACGUCUUGGCCAAGGCACCCUACACUUUUCCUGUUGUUGGUGUUCGCGAGGUAGAGCAAUUGCAGGACAAUAUAGCCGCCCUUGAUAUCAAGUUGUCUGAUGAGCAAAUAUUGUAUUUGGAGAGUGUCCAGCCUUUUGAGAUGGCAUGGCCUGCAAGUUGGUUGGGCGGAGACCCAAGUGUAUCUGGCAAAGAUUUGCUGUCGGCCGUUUCUUCAGGCAGAGUUGACUAUGUUAGAGCUCCGAGGCCAGUGGGAUACAACUAA